UCCAUAAAUAAACAAUCAGAGAAGAAGAACAAAGUUGAAGACGAUGGGGAAAGUAGCAUGAGGAAUAAGGAGGAUGAACAGAUACGAAAGCGAUACAACCUCAGUGAUAGUGAAGAUGAUGACAUGGCAGAUGACUCAGAUGAUUCUUAUGGCAUGUCAAGUUUGGCUUUUUUUAAGGACAAUAAGCAGGAUCCAUAUUUGAGUAAAGGAACAAAGGAUGACACAGAUGAUGAAAUGUUGAACAUAUCGCCUGAUGACAAUGUCGUAUUAGCGGGGAAGACAGAUGAUGGUUUUUUCUCUUUGGAAAUGUGGGUCUACAAUGAACAAGUAGGAAACGACAGUCUGUACUGUCACCACGACUACAUACUUCCCUCAUGUCCACUCGUAGUUCAGUGGCUGGGUGGGGACAUCAUUGGCGGUCGAAACGCCGGGGUAGUUGGUGAUCUCGAUGGGAAUGUGUCACUCUGGGAUUUGGAGAUGGUUAACUAUCUUGAUCCAAUGUUGGUGUUACGAGGUUGUAAGGAGCGCACUUCCAAAAAGAAGAAGAAAUUAAAAACUGCAAGCGAAGAAAAGUGUGGCCACAGUGAUGCAGUGUUGAGUUUGAGUUGGAACGAGCAACAGUCGAACCUUCUAGCAAGUUCAUCAGCAGAUGCCUCCAUUGCUUUGUGGGAUCUGGGGGGUCCAGGCAGACAGAAUUGUGUCUUCCUAGGCAAACACCAAGAUAAGGUUCAGUCCAUUCAGUGGCAUCCUGUUGAGGCCCAGAUGUUGCUUGCUGGCAGUGCUGACUCAACUGUUCAGGUGUUUGACUGCAGAUGCUACGAUGAUUCAGUCAAAAGGUGGAGCUUGUCUGGGGAGGUAGAAAAAGUUUUGUGGAAUAUUUCCUCUCCGUUUAAUUUUUUUGCUGGUACAUCUAAUGGCUUCAUCCAUUAUUUGGACAUAAGAAUGGAUGUUCCUGUGUUUGAACUGGACGCACAUGGUCCUUCAUCUGUUACUGACCUCUCCAUGCUCUUCGUCAACAGCCAGCCAUUCAACGACUGUCUGCUUAGCAGCUCCGAAGACGGCUUCGUCAAGGUCUGGAGUCUGAGUAAUGAUGCUAAACUCGUCAACAAGAAGAAUUAUAAAAUCGGUACUGCAUUUUGCCUGGCAGCGUGUUGUGAUUUUGAGAAGCCUAUUUUUGCUGUCGGUGGUGACAACGAGAUGAAGGUUGUUGACCUAUCUGGAGAUGAGAAGUCGUGUGAGGCCUUCAACUGGAGUUUAAGUGAGAAAUUGCUCAAGAAGAAAUCUAAAGAAAGUUCGGAAGCAACGUGUGAAACUGCCUCCAAGGUGCCAAAGAAGAAAUUAAAAGACAAAAAAUAUAAAAAGUUGAAGGAAAAAAAUGAUUUGUCAAAUUUAAAUAAAAAUGAAGAUGUCUUAGAUGAUGAUGACGAGGAUGACGGAAAAGUUGCUGAAGAACAAAACUUGAUGAUGAAAGAAGUGAAGUGCAAAAUGAAAAAGAAGAAAAAUGUAGCUGGUUUCUGA